AUGGGAGACAUUGACUCCUUCCUCGAAAGCCAGGAACGAGGCAUUUCAACGUUCCGAUGGGUCGCAGCCCAAACCGAGAAUCUCCAAUCGCCCAUCAUCCAACUCUUCAUGGGGACCCGUUCUUCCCCUACGGUUAUCGUCACAGACUUCUGCGAGGCAGAGGACAUAUCCAUGAGACGAUGCAGGGAAUUCGACCGAACCGACUUCUUACGGUACAUCUCUCAGCCGCUGAUGCCUCAGUUUCACAUGAUGAUGAAGAGCGAUGAUCCCUUCGUGGUGGCCAAGCCCAUCUAUUACAGCGUUCAGCAGGCAGUUGAGCUCUGGGGAAACAAAGCCCGCCUAGCCGAUGGCCACCCAUUCGAAGCAUUCAACGACAUCUACUUCGGGGCGUUUGACGCUGUCCUGGCAUUCUCAUACAGCAGCAACUUUCAGCACAUGACGCUGCCAGGUCGACUGCAGCCGAUCUCGGCCCUCGAACGCGUGGAACUCCCAGUCAAGGCUGGCUCGCCGGUAGUCUUUCCGGAGAGUGAACAAAGCAAAGUCACCAGGGCGAUGCUGCAACUAGACGAAACCGUCGAGGAAACAAGAAAGGCGGUUUUUCCAUGGCUUCGAUGCUGGUACCUCACAGACAACCCAGAUGCCCAAGCACGACUCCGCGAAGCCCUUCGCCAGCACUUGCUCGACGCGGUAAAAGAGAAACGAAACCCGAUGCACGAAGAAAUCAUAAAGGCUACCGUCCCCUACCUCGACGCCACUAUUGAAGAAAUCCUCCGCUUCGCUGGGACGACCCCGGUCACGGACCGCGAAGCGAUGCAGGACACGACGAUCCUCGGCCACCAAAUCCCCAAGGGCACGAACGUGAUGAUGGUGACAAUUGGCGAGAGUAUCCUUAGGCCGGCGUUUGACAUCCCUGACGCUCUGCGCUCCAAGACGGCACUUGACGCGUCGAGCCGCGUUCGAAGCUGGGAGACAUCGCCGUUUCCCGUGGAGGACUUCAAACUGGAGCGUUGGCUUAUAAAAUUAGACAAGGACCCAGACCAAAUGGUGUACGAUGCCACGGCGGGGCCUCAAAUGGCUUUUGGCCUCGGGCCCAGAGCAUGUUUCGGGCGAAGGCUGGCGUAUCUAGAACUUCGCAUGUUUACCGCGAUGCUGAUCUGGAACUUUGACUUUUUGCGGUGUCCGCCUGAGUUGUCUGGCUAUAGAGGCUACGAUGGGUUGACGGUCAAGCCUCGACGAUGCUAUGUCAAGGUAUCGAAGAUCACAUUGUGA